AACAACAUACAUGGCCGGAGGGGGAGAAGGAGAAGUAACCAACUUGGAGCAGACGCCCACCUGGUUUGUUGCUCUCGUCUGCACCGUCAUCGUUGCCAUCUCUCUUGCUCUUGAAAGAAUUCUUCAUUAUCUUGGAAAGUUUUUGCUCAAGAAAAAACAGAAGCCUCUGUUUGAAGCCUUACAGAAAAUUAAAGAAGAGUUGAUGCUGUUGGGGUUUAUUUUUCUGCUCCUCACUGUGUUCCAGAAUAGUAUUCUCAAAAUUUGCAUCUCCAAGCACAAGGCGGAUAUAUGGCUUCCCUGCAAAAAGAGCGAUGAUGACACUCACGCCGCCGAGGGGCUGCCGGCUUCCACUUCGCACUUCCAGACGGCUCUCACUUUCGUCUCUUCAUUUCUUCCUCCCACCGGAGCAACGCGCCGCCUUCUCUCUGAAUCCAGCAAUGCGCAGUACUGUCCCGACAAGGAGAGGAGAUAG